UCAGUAGGUCGUUAACUAGGCGCGCGGUUUGUUGCAGAUGCAGGUCGCUGAGUGUGAGUGUGAGCGCGAGGCGGGGGGAAUGGCGAACGGCAACGGGAGCGGGUGCGCCGUGUGAUACCAGUAGCACACCGGAGACUGACUGAGAGGCUCGAGACGCAGCGAGAGGAGGCGAGCGGGCGGACAUGGAGGACUCGGAGCCCGCAGAGGACGGCUUGCUCGCGGGCUUGCGGUGGAACCGGAGCGCACGAGACCAGGCUCAGCUUAAACACAAAAUCCGGGACCUGCCGGGACUCCUGAAGCACGGGCUGCACCUGCGGAAGAAGAGCCAGUCACCUGACACUAUCCCGGGGCCGAGCAGUGGACCCACAGUACACAAGUCUUGCUCCCAGAGUUUCCCAUGUGCUGGGCGGGCUGUGAGGAACGCUUUCCUGUCUCAUGGACCGUACCCAGCCAAAGACAAGAUACACCUGGCCAGAAUCAUACGGCGCAGCUAUGUGGGCGUGGAGCUGGUGCAGUGGCUGUGUGAGCAGUGUGUGUACGUGCGCUGUCGGACUACUGCUGUGCGUGUCUGGCAGGUGCUGCUGGAGCUGGGAGUCCUGCUGUCCGUGGACCAGCGGGUGGUGUUUGCGGACUCAAACUCUUACUACCAGUUCAGCUUUGAGGAGUGUGACUCCGCCUCCUGCGAGUUCCGCUCCAAUGAGGGGGAGUGGCCAGAGGCAGUUAGGCUCCUCCUACAGCUCGCCCCGUAUGUCCAGUUCCGCUCCGGGGGCGGGGCCAACAGCCCGUCAGAGGAGGACUCUGAGGGGAACAGGGACAUCUGCAGUGAGAUUCUCCAGAUGAAAGCCCUUGAGAGACUCACGUCUACGGUACAAAGUGAGCUAGCGGCUGCCCUCGCCCGCAAGACUCGCAAAGCUUUAUCAGAGCAGGACUCUGAGACAACAGAGACCACCCACCAGGAGCCUCGCACACCCAGCGAGGAGAGCAGCCCGCUGGGUGGUGUGUGCGCGUUGCGGGACGGCGGCAGUGGAGGAGGUGGCAGUGGUGUCGGCGGGAUGGGGAACGUGUGCGGCCGUGAGGAGCUGACCAGUCGGCUGGGGCUGGAGGCGGUGCAGCGGCUCGCCAAGGACGGCUGUCGGCUACUGCAGAACCACAACUACCGGCUGCCCGAGAGAACCCCAACAGAAGCAGUGGGGAGGGUUUGUUUGAAGGAGAGAGGGCGGGAUGUGUUGGUGUUGCAGAGAGUGACAUCAUCAGUGACAUCGCCGUCGGACCGUCCCUCUCCCACAUCGUCAGGGGGCGGAGCCAGAGAGGAUGAUGGUGACAAGAGGUACGUAGUGGUGUCAGGAACGCCACUGAAGAUCCUGGAGCAUCUGCUGAGCGACCUGCGGCUCGACGACCAGAGAGGGGCGCCGGAAAGCCGGGAGAGCGAGAUGCUGCUGGACGACUUCCUGUUGACCUACCUGGUGUUCAUGUCCACCAAUGACCUCUGUCAGGCUCUGCUGGGGCACUACAGCAGCACGCGGUGCAGGGGUCAGGAGGAGGGCAAAGACGCCCUCUUCAGAAAACGUAAGGUACUCCAGCUCGUCUCGCACUGGAGCAGACUCUACAAGGACUUCCUCAAAGAAGAGGAGCACGUCAAGAGCUUCAUGAAGACCCUAUACAGGUGUGUGUUAGAGGAUUUGUAUGAGUUCCCAACACUGGAGAAAGACCUGAAGGAGUUUCAGAAGCUUCUACGCCGCAGACACACAGUGGACGAUUGCCCUCCAAACCAAAAGAGCAAGCAGCUGUAUCAGCAGUUGAGUUUGAAAGAAAACUGUUUGCAACUUCGAAGUCCACAGAGUGAAAGUAGGGAGGUAAUUUGUUGCGUGCAUGUGAGCACCGACUCAUACCUGAGUGUGCACACACACCCCUCGCUGGAGGCCCACGAGCUGCUAAGGAUUGUGGGUCUGAAGAUGGACCGGACAGAGGAAGAGAUGGUGCUUGCAGUGGUUUCACACACUGGAGAGCGGAGGGUGUUGCAGCCCAGUGACUGUGUAUACUCAGAGUCUCUGACCCCACAGGGCAAGCUUGUGGCCUGUCGCAGGGACCUCACUGAGAUUUUGCCUCCUCUAACAGACAGUGCUGAGCUAAUCAGGAGGCCAGUGCGCCUGCUGGGUAUUAACACCUGGGACGUGGCAGCCGCUCUCACACACCUGGACUGGAGCCUCUUCAACUCGAUACACGAGCAGGAGCUGGUGUAUUACACCCUGAGCCGCGCUCCUGGCACCGGCCACACGGCAGCGCUGUCCGUCCUGCUGCAGCGCUGCAACGAGGUCCAGCAGUGGGUCAUGUCCGAGGUGCUCAUGUGUGUGUCGCUCAACAAGAGGGUGCAGCUGCUCAAGAAGUUCAUCAAAAUCGCAGCUCACUGUAAGGCCCAGCGGAAUUUGAACUCUGCCUUUGCCAUCAUCAUGGGCCUCAACACAGCAGCCGUCAGCCGACUCAACCAAACCUGGGAGAAAUGUCCAGGGAAGUUCAAGAAGCUCUUCUCAGAGCUGGAGCUUAUCACGGAUCCAUCUCUGAACCACAAAGCCUACAGAGAAGCCUUCAAACGCAUGAAGCCUCCUAAGAUCCCUUUCAUGCCUCUUCUGCUGAAAGAUAUCACCUUUAUCCAUGAGGGAAAUAAGACCUUUCAUGACAACCUCGUCAACUUUGAGAAGCUGCAUAUGAUCGCAGACACAGUACGUCUGAUUCGCCACUGCCAAAGCGACCAACCAGGCAACGAGAUAACCGGAAGCGACAGUGCAGAGGUGAGAGCGAGCGUUCACUGCCUGCACAUCAUCGACAAUCAGCAGACGCUUUUCGAGCUCUCACACAAACUGGAGCCACGCGCCUGAACAGACACACACGCACACACAGAGAAACGCACACACACUGGAGACAGCGCAGUGGAAAUGCCAGCACUGAGUAUAUGUGACACGGAGGAUGCUAUGUACUGCAAACACACAUACACACACACACACAUACAUAUAAACAUACACAUUACAAACAGAACCACACUACCAGCAGUGGUGCCAGGUGGACAGUAAGGUACCAUUUGUUCAAACGAAACUCUAAAAGGACAGAAACACACCGAGCUGCACUCUGCCUCAGUCACAGCAGCAACACCACCGCCUCUGCAGGCUUUAUAACACUGAUCAUAUGAUUAUAAAGGGGUUAUACGCUCCUCACACACAACUGUCCACACUAAGAGUUUCUGCACUGCAAGCGGGAGAUUUGCCAAAUUGACAAGAUGAGUGGAGGAGACCAACUACUUUGUACAGUAUCUAUUGGACUGAAUAUGCUUUCUGUUUUUGUUUUUGUGAUGAGCAUUUGGUUUCUCUCGCUCUCUGAGUAUUUAUGAGACGUUCCACAGGUGGAAUGUUCCUUUAAUUAUGUCAAUGUUAUUGCCCUCCGGAGGUCAAGAAGGGCUUGACAGCCUCUUCAUCAUUUCAGCUGCAAACACAAUUGCCUAGAGAGGAGUUCUGUUUGGUUAUGACCUGAUGGAUAUAACCUAUUAAUCCAUGGUCUCUUUUAGAUCACAUUAUUUCGUCCACAUAAACCAGUAGAAUCUGCCUCAUGAUAUUUACAGUAUAAAUGCGAUAGUUAUUUAGAUAUUUGUCGUUGAGCUCUCUUUGGUUGAUUGUGCUGUAGCAUAUGUACGCAACACAGGCAGCUGCCAGUGCUGGAGCAGUACAAUGCUUGUACAUACACCAUUAUACCUUUUGCUGCUGGGACUUUAUCUGUUUGCCAAAAAUGUGCAGCCCCAGUGGCUCAAGGUACAACGGUGCGCUUUUCUUUUUCCAAACAGUGUACUCACUGGCAUGGAAAGAAGCAUUUUGAUAUGCUUUUCAGUGUCCAAUUGUGCCAUUUGGAAAAAACUGAGUCCUGCUCAAUGUGCCAGAGUUCAAAAGCUGUUGUUGAGUACUGAACUGCUAUUGGUCCUCAGUGUUUUGCUUCUGUUUCCUGGUUUCCAUUUCAGAUCUCUGAUUGGUUCUUAGUCAUGCACGCGUCCUGCACUACUUUCUUCAGACUAUUAUUUUGUGUGAAUGGAUAAUGAGAGAUUACGUUGUAUAUAAUAUGGACCUAUACAUAUUUCAGUGCCAAAUGCCAUGUAGGUAGAGUGAUGCAGCGUAGAUGUAGAGCUCUUGGGUUCAGUAGGAAGCAGCAUCUUCUUCUGAUUGGGUCACAGAGGUCGACCUCCAGGAACGAGCCCUGUCAUGACGUCUGGUCCUUGAUAAUGUGAAGCAUAUCCGACUCCUAGCAGAGACACUUUCUGACAUUCUGAUGACUGAUUUGAGGGUGCGUGUGACGAUACACCACCCUCCCAUGGUUGCUAUGGUAACGCAGGCCUUUCAUUGUAGUUGUUUUUUUUUUCUUUCUUUCUUUCUUUCUUUCUUUUUAAAUCCUUGAGGUAUAUCAUAUUAACAAAGACAAGCCAAACCACUGCACCACAGAGCUCUGUUCAGGGACAUUUUUUUUCCGCUCCAAAUCAUGGUCAUAUAAGGAGAUUUUUACCUUGCUCAUACGUUGUUGCUGACUGAAAAGAUCGCUACAUUCAGAUCUGGUCCUGUGUAGAUUAGCUAUUACAAAGAUUUUACUGUCAUUGAAAGCCAAUACAGGGUUUGGACAGAAUAAUGACAGCACUGGUGCACAGACGUCCCUCAUUUCAUGAUGUGAGGUUACUCUUUUACUGGGAUGUUUUCUUUUACAGUUUAGGUUCAUAGAAUGUAAUUUUAAUACUAGAUGCCACAUUUAUUCUCAUCAGUGGAGCCAUCCAACUUCAUGCUGACUUUGAAAAAAUUUCCAAUAAACGCUUAUAUUAGGAUAACAUCUGGGUGUUAAGAAAGCCAUUGCACAUAGAUAGCAUCUAUUUGUUGUUCAAACCACUGAGUGAACCAACCUGGAAGAUCAGCUUGUCAUUAGGAAAGCAAUGGAUCAUGGGAUGGAGGGAACCGUUCAGAAUUUAUAUGUCAGUAUUGAUGAUCCAUAUUUUAGGAAAGCCAUGAACCGGUGCAUCCACUAGUGUAGAAACAUCAGAAGCCUUCAGUUCUCACAGACCUCAUUAGUGUUUGCAUUAUUGUGUCCUUGCUCUGUAUGUGUACGUGCAUAACCAGUCACUUUAGUGGUACAUUUCUACUGAGGGGUGGGGCCCAUCCAAGGGUGAGCGUCCAAAAUGGUAUGUAGCAAAGCAUGUUUUGUAUUUUUUGGACAUUUAGAAAGCAUGGCCUAUGGAGGACAGUCCAUGGUGCAGUGCGGUGGAAGUGUUGGUGCCACAUGUACUUGAUCAAGCUCAGCCCUAAGCCUUCCCGAACAGGACAGAAACACUGAUAUAGAUCCUGUUUUGUCCUGCAGAUCAUAAUGAAUCAAAUGAUCAGGGGGAGCCUGGGCUGGGCUGUCCAAACCAUUUUAAUGCUAAGACCUUCUUUGGUCCAAUGCAAGGCAGUAGUCAAAGAUUAUCUUAAAGUGGAGAUCCACCUUUAAAAACAGAAUUACAAUGUCUAUCUGAAGGUCUUGGCAACUCCCUUCCAAAGACGCACUCUAACCCCUUUUCAACAGCAGCAUUUAGCGGAGGAUCUGAAUUGACAUUGAACAGGGAGGCAAAUAUAAAAAGUUGAUUACACAUCUAAAAACGGAUCUGAGCUACUUACCGCUUAAGUUUACCUAGCUGUAAAUGCUCAAACAAAGAUUUAAAAAUCCAGUUAUUUAUUGUGGUCUGAUCUGCUCCGGGGAAUGUUGUUUGAUGACAUCACACAUUUGAGUCUUAACUGUUAAGGUUUUAAUUUUUGAAUAGAUUGUAAUCAGCAAAUCUGGAUAAACUAUCCAACAAAUGGGCAUUCGUGAAUUCUGUUUUGAGUGGAUUUCCCCUCUAAGAUGCCUCUGAGAAGUCAGUGAUUUGUGAUUAGCUCCUCUACUGCUGAGAGCAUUGUUAAAUAAGAGCCUUGGCUGCUUGUUCAUAUUCAGUGUCAUAGAAAGGCCAAAUGGUAGAUAUUGACACUUAGGCCAUACAUGAUGCUCACCUGCACACACACACCUCUGCUCACCAUGGUCAAAGAGCAGAAUUAUUGUGCGAUUGGUUAUUUAUUGUAAUAUAUUGUUUAUUUAUGUAUUGCUGAGGUUGCAGUGUCUCGGUUGAUGUGCCAUGUUCAGAGCUUCUCCAGGACGAUGUUGUGAAGACAAGAUGUUCGUGGUUUGAAGCUGCAAUGCUGGAAUGUAAAACGGACUUGUUGUUACAUUUUGUGGCCACUUGAGGGCAGUAGAGGAGCAAGUCAAAGUGACUAAGCUUGUCUCUGUCCUCUGGUAUCACACAGUGGUAAAACAGAGGAAACAAACAGAAGAGGGAGGGAAGAGGGUGCAUUUAGUGUUUUAAUGGCCAUUGUCAUGACUAUGUAAAGUUAUGUUUUAAAAACAAUGUUGUUUAAACCUGUUUGCAUGAUACAACAAAAAAAAUCCACAAGCUCACAAUGCAAGAGAGGACACCUCAAAGGCUUUGUACUAUUGUAAUAUUGUCGACGUGUAAAUAUCUGCCUAUGUUUGGUAUGUUGAUAUUAUUUAAUUGUUGUAAAAGAAAAGCCCAAGUCAAACACAAAGCAAUAUGUCUCCCUUCGUGUCCCCUCCACCUGAAGCCACAUGUCUUUUCUAAAGCAGCGUUUUACUAUGUCAAAGUUUUACUGAAGAUAAAUAAAUUAUAGGUUUUAUGUGACA